CCAUCUCCACCCCAGAUCUGAAUUUCUUCGAUCGUUGUGAAUCGAGAUCGGAAAGGGCGGAAAAGCGAGGCGACCAAUGGGCAGCAGCCGCGAGAUGAAGCACCUGGUAGAGGUGGAGAAGGGGCAGGAGGCCAUCGACGGCCGGCCCUCCGUCGGACCAGUUUACCGCAGCGCCUUUGCUAAGGACGGCUUCCCUCCGCCCGUCCCUGGUAUAGACUCCUGCUGGGACAUCUUCCGUUUGUCUGCUGAGAAAUUUCCUGGGAGGAACAUGCUUGGCCGUCGAGAAGUCGUGGAUGGAAAGGCCGGUAAAUAUGUCUGGAUGACUUAUAAGGAAGUGUACGACACUGUGAUUAAACUCGGGGCUUCCCUAAGGAGUUGCGGGAUCGAGCAGGGUGGUCGUUGUGGUAUCUAUGGUGCUAACUGCACUGAGUGGGUUAUUAGUAUGGAGGCUUGUAAUGCUCAUGGGAUUCAUUGCGUUCCUUUGUAUGAUACACUUGGUGCUGGUGCUGUAGAAUUCAUUUUAUGCCAUGCGGAGGUUCAGAUUGCUUUUGUAGAAGAAAAAAAGAUUGCAGAGGUGUUGAAAACACUUCAUGUUUCAUCCCAAUUUUUGAAGACAAUUGUCAGCUUUGGUAAAGUCACCUCUGAACAAAGAGAAGUGGUUGAAAAGUCUGGCUUGGCAAUAUUUGAGUGGGAUGAGUUCUUACUGUUGGGAUGUGACAAACAAUUUGAUCUUCCUACUAAGAAGAAAGAUGACGUGUGUACAAUUAUGUACACCAGUGGUACAACCGGUGAUCCUAAAGGCGUACUUAUCUCCAACAAGAGCAUCAUUACUCUUAUCUCUGGCAUAGAUCGAUUUCUUCUUGGUGUUAAUGAGCAGUUAACUGAAGAUGAUAUUUAUAUAUCAUAUCUUCCUCUUGCACAUAUCUUUGACCGGGUGAUUGAAGAGAUGUUCAUUUAUCGGGCGGCUUCAAUAGGAUUUUGGCGUGGGGAUAUCAAAUUGUUGGUCGAAGACAUUGGGGAGCUAAAGCCAACCGUCUUUUGUGCUGUUCCUCGUGUGCUUGAUCGCAUCUUUACAGGGCUACAGACCAAGAUUUCCACGGGAGGAAAGCUAAAGCAAACAUUAUUUAACCUCUCUUAUAAAUACAAACUUCAUAACAUGGCAAGAGGAAGUAGGCAUGACGAGGCAGCUAGAAUUUGUGAUAGAUUGGUAUUUAACAAGGUAAAAGAUGGACUUGGUGGGAAUGUACGACUCAUCCUAUCUGGAGCAGCUCCUCUAGCAACACAUGUCGAACAAUUUCUAAGAGUGGUGACAUGUGCACAUGUUUUACAAGGAUACGGUCUUACUGAGACGUGUGCUGGGACGUUCGUAUCAUUGCCUAAUGACCUUUCAAUGCUUGGGACAGUGGGUCCACCAGUCGCAAAUGUUGAUGUGCGGCUGGAAUCUGUCCCCGAGAUGAAUUAUGAUGCUCUUUCAGAAGUUCCUCGUGGAGAAAUAUGCAUCAGAGGAGAUACAUUAUUUUCAGGCUACCACAAAAGAGAGGACCUCACGGAAGAGGUUAUGCUAGACGGAUGGUUUCACACAGGUGACAUUGGUGAGUGGCAGCCAGAUGGAAGUAUGAAAAUCAUUGACCGAAAGAAGAACAUUUUUAAACUUUCACAGGGAGAAUAUGUUGCAGUUGAAAAUUUGGAGAACAUAUAUGGCCUUGUUCAUGAUAUUGAUUCAAUAUGGAUAUAUGGAAAUAGUUUUGAGUCUGCUCUUGUCGCCAUAGUCAACCCAAAUAUGCAAGCGCUUGAACAUUGGGCUCAAAUGAAUGGUACCAGUGGAGAUUUUGCCUCGCUCUGUCAAAAUUCAAAGGCAAAAGAGUACAUUUUGGGCGAACUUACAAAGAUUGGAAAAGAAAAGAAGGUGAUUUGUUUGAACUCGUCGAUAAUUUACCUGUCAAUUUUCAAAUGCCAUUUUGUGAUAACUCAGAUCACAUUCUUGCAGUUGAAAGGCUUCGAGUUCAUUAAAGCUGUUCACCUCGAUCCAGUUCCAUUUGACAUGGAACGCGACCUGCUUACCCCAACAUACAAAAAGAAGAGGCCACAGCUACUGAAGUAUUACGAGAGUGUCAUCGAUGAUUUAUACAAAAGCUUGAAGUGAAGCAGUGAAUAUUCAAUCUGCAGUUUAAAACAUUAGUGUGUGCUUCUUCUUUCACUGGUGUUUCUGUAAGGUUCUUCAGGAAAAAUAUUAAAACCUUUUUUUUGCAUCAAAGCCAUAAAUCUAUAAUAAUACAGUUGUUAUAGAAGAUUGCACACAUAAAUAUAUAUCCAUGUAUCAUUCAUUUGCUGUUUAA